UUACAGGGCAUCUCCUGAGCUUAGGCAGUAGCCGUAGGGUGACUUCUGGAGCCUCGCGUUUCCCCGCCCCAGCAAAGAGGCGGAGAUUGACCGCGACGCGCGCUCAGAGCCGGAGAAAUGAGCCCGCGAGCCAGGCCGGCGCUUCUGCUCCUGACGCUUUUGCAGACCGCGGUCCCGCAGGGGCGCCUGCCGCGUUCACACUCUCUGCACUACCUCUUCAUGGGCGCCUCAGAGCAGGACCUUGGUCUUUCAUUGUUUGAAGCUUUGGGCUACGUGGAUGACCACCUGUUUGUGUUCUAUGAUCAUGAGAGUCGCCGUGUGGAGCCCCGAACUCCCUGGGUUUCCAGUAGAACUUCAAGCCAGAUGUGGCUACAGCUGAGUCAGAGUCUCAAAGGGUGGGAUCACAUGUUCACUGUUGACUUCUGGACUAUUAUGGACAAUCACAACCACAGCAAGGAGUCCCACACCCUGCAGGUGAUCCUGGGCUGCGAAAUGAAAGCGGACAACAGCACCGAGGGCUUCUGGAAGUAUGGGUAUGAUGGGCAGGACCACCUUGAAUUCUGCUCUGACACGCUGGAUUGGAGAGCAGCAGAGCCCAGGGCCUGGCCCACCAAGCUGGAGUGGGAAGCGCACAAGAUUCGGGCCAGGCAGAACAGGGCCUACCUCGAGAGGGACUGCCCUGCACAGUUGCAGCAGUUGCUAGAACUGGGGAGAGGUGUUCUGGACCAGCCAGAGCCCUCGAACUCUGGCACCCUCGUCAUUGGAGUCAUCAGUGGAAUUGCUGUUUGUGUCAUCAUCUUGUUAAUUGGAAUUUUGUUCAUAAUCUUAAGGAAGAGGCAGGCUUCAAGAGGAGCCAUGGGGCAAUACGUCUUAGCUGAAUGUGAGUGAAACGCAGCCUAUAGACUCAUUGUGGGAAGGAGACAGAACUAGAGACUCAAAAAGGAAGUGCACUUACGGAGUUCUUCGUGUUUCAGGACAGAGCCGAACCUAAAAAUAGAAACUGCCUGAAGAACUCUUUGCUUUUAGCCUUCUCUGUUCAUUUCCUCCAAAAGAUUUCCCCAUUUAGGUUUUCGAGUUUCUGUAUGCCAGUGAUCCCUCGCUGGGACUUCUCCCCUGGAACUGCCUCUCAUGAACCUCAAGCUGCAUCUAGAGGCUUUCUUCUUUUUCUCCAUCACCUCAGGCACGUACACCUAUAUCAUCUCAUUUUCUAUUUUUGGAAGAGGGCUGCUUAAUUUUGGAGACUUACAUGAUUCAUUUUAACAUCUGAGAAAACCUUUGAACCCUGGGACAUAGAUGUCAUAAUCUUAACAGAAUUUUACAUAUGUAUCUAGGUAUUUUCUGGACCCGCUCGACUUUUCCUUUGAAUCUUCCCUCUGUGUUACCCAGCAACCCAUCUGUCACCAAGCCAUGGGGAGUCUUCCAUCUGAUUGUGCUGUGGGUUGGACAGCUAUGAAGGCUGCACACUGCACAACUGGAAGAGGCACCUUUCCCAAAAAAAGCAUCAUGGAUGUCUGUGGGUAUUACAAUGGGUGUUUUUAGCAGGUAGCUGGCAAACAUCUUUAAAGGGGUUGUGAAGAGAUGUCUUUUUCUAAUUUGCAUGAAGGCGUCCUACAGGUGUUCAAAGUGUGUUGGUGCCUACAUUUGGGAUGCUACUCUAGAAUUCCAGACCUGAAGUGUCAAAAUAAUUUUCUACCUUGUCUCUCCUUGUUCUCAUCAUGAAAAUUAUCAUAAGGGUGAUGAUAAUGAUGAUAAAAGCACUUACUUGGUGCCUGACUCUUCUGAGCACCUACUUACAUGCAUUAUUGUAUGCAAUUCUUAUGAUAAGUCUAUGAGAUAGGUGCUAUUUAUUUACCACAUUUCUUUUUUAGACAAAG